AUCGGACCGAAUCAUUGACUGUCGAUUAUUCUCCCUCAACAGGGAUUCCGAUUUCGCUCCUGAGUUAUCACACGCAUAUCUGACCACUCAGAUUUGCAUGCGAUGCGAUGACAGCUAAAUUUCACUAAUGGAUAACAUUUCUGCAUACGGAGUAAAGAAUAUCCUGCCAUGACAUGACAUCCCACCUCAUAAUCAUCCCGUUCAGGGCAUGUCCAUCCACGCUGAAUUGGAGGGGAAAUGGUCCGAUCGCUAGCGGAUCGUCUGGGAAUCCGGAGUUUUGAAGGCUAUGACAUCAUCGCAUCUUAUCCUAUUCGGGAACAUACCCGUUACAGCCAGUUAACACUGUCAUCUAGAAGUGACGCGGUAGAUGUUCCAUGGUUCCUCGACACUAGGCACCUAGAAGGAUUUUUUUUCUCCGAUGACCAUCAUCCCUGCUCAAGACUGUAAUCAAACUAACUCACACACCAUCAAAACAACCCCAACAUCAUGCGAAACAACAUGCCAAACGAAAACCACCAAACGUUCUACUCCCUCCCUCACUCCCCUCGCACCAUCUUCCUCUCCAUCGGCUGCGCAGCCACUUCCUACAUCCUUACGAACAAACUCGCCAAGCCCCUAUCCCCUUUCCUAUACAACAUCUCCAGCUUUAUCCGCGCUGCCAGUCUCAGCGUAAUCCUAUCAUCCUGUGCGUAUGCUGUUAUUCUCGAUCCGGAGACUGCUCAUACCACGGAGAGACGGGUUGAAGGAAAUGGGAAAAGAGGACGUGUCAUCACGGUGAAAAGGCCGUUGAUUGGGCUUGAGGGGUAUAAGUAUCGACAGAAGACGCCGGAGCAUUUGGGGGAUGUUUGGGUCGAUGGUGUUCGGCAUGAGAAGGCGCUGGUUCGUAUUGGAUAGGGCUGAUUAGGUUUGCUUUGGGGCUUUAAUGCUUGGGUGGCUUUUGAAUGGAUUGAAUGGAUCGGGGGGUAUUGCUAACUGGGUUUAUUGUCGUCUUCUGAAACCCUUUAAUUUCGAAAACAUCUCUCAUCGCCGUAUGUUACUAGCUUGACCUCUUGGUUCUUCCAUUGUUGCUCCUAUUCGGGAAACGUAACCACCUCGACACUUGUAGCGGCUACCAAGCACCGAUAAUGGAGUCCCUGAUCAACAAUCCUUUGCCCUACAUCUAUAUACCAGUGCUUGUAGAUAAAGAGUCAAUCAGCUAUGUGAGGCUGUUGGUCAGGUUCAAGGCUUGCGAAUAUCGCGUCGAGACUCCGGGGGC